CCAGGACACAUAGAAAUGGGAGGUGCAGGGAGUGGGGAAGGCCAGGGCCAGAUCCUGCAGCGCUUCCCGGAGAAGGACUGGGAGGAUAACCCCUUCCCUCAGGGCAUCGAGCUGUUUUGCCAGCCCAGCGGGUGGCAGCUGUGUCCUGAGAAGAACCCACCGACCUUCUUUGUUGCUGUCCUCACUGACAUCAACUCCGAGCGGCACUACUGUGCCUGCUUGACCUUCUGGGAGCCGGCAGAGCCCACGCAGGAAGCCGUGUGCUCGGAGGACGCUGCCGGGAGGGAAGAGGAAGCCGACGAGGGAGGCUCAGGGCGACUGUCACCUGGCACGUCCGGCCCACCUGGCCAGCUGUUCGCUCCAAAGACUCUGGUGUUGGUGUCUCGGUUGGACCAUGUGGAGGUGUUCAGGAACAGCCUGGGUCUCAUCUACACCAUCCACGUGGAGGGCCUGAACGUGGGCCUGGAGACCGUGGUCGGGAACCUGCUCACCUGCAUCAUCCCCCUGGCUGGGGGCUCACAGAGAACCAUCUCUUUGGGGGCGGGUGACCGGCAGGUCAUCCAGACCCCACUCACUGACUCCCUGCCCAUCAGCCGCUGCAGCGUGGCCCUGCUCUUCCGCCAGCUAGGCAUCACCAACGUGCUGUCUUUGUUCUGUGCUGCCCUCACUGAGCACAAGGUGCUCUUCCUGUCCCGGAGCUACCAGCGCCUCUCAGACGCCUGCCGGGGACUCCUGGCCCUGCUGUUCCCGCUCCGAUACAGCUUCACCUACGUGCCCAUCCUGCCGGCGCAGCUCCUGGAGGUGCUCAGCACGCCCACGCCCUUCAUCAUCGGCGUCAACGCAGCCUUCCAGGCAGAGACCCAGGAGCUGCUGGAUGUGAUUGUGGCUGACCUGGAUGGAGGGACGGUGACUGUCCCCGAGUGUGUACACAUUCCACCGCUGCCGGAGCCGCUGCAGAGCCAGACCCACAGCGUGCUGAGCAUGGUCCUGGACCCGGAGCUGGAGUUGGCAGAUCUCGCCUUCCCACCCCCCACAAUAUCCUCUUCCUCCCUGAAGAUGCAGGACAAGGAGCUGCGGGCUGUUUUUCUGCGGCUCUUUGCUCAGCUCCUGCAGGGCUACCGUUGGUGUCUGCACAUGGUCCGCAUCCACCCGGAGCCUGUCAUCCGCUUCCACAAGGCAGCCUUCCUGGGCCAGCGUGGGCUGGUGGAGGACGACUUCCUGAUGAAGGUGCUGGAGGGCAUGGCCUUUGCGGGCUUCGUGUCGGAGCGCGGGGUCCCCUACCGUCCUACGGACCUGUUUGAUGAGCUGGUGGCCCAUGAGGUGGCGCGGAUGCGGGCGGACGAGAGCCACCCCCAGCGGGUCCUGCGUCACGUCAAGGAGCUGGCGGAGCAGCUCUACAAAAACGAGAACCCGUACCCCGCCGUGGCUAUGCACAAGGUGCAGAGGCCGGGGGAGGCCAGCCACCUGCGGCGGGCGCCCCGGCCCUUCCCCCGGCUGGACGAGGGCAUGGUACAGUGGAUCGUGGACCAGGCCACGGCCAAGAUGCAGGGAGCACCCCCCGCUGUGAAGGCCGAGAGGAGGACCACCGUGCCCUCGGGGCCCCCUAUGACCGCCAUCCUGGAGCGGAGCAGCGGGCUCCAUGGCAACAGUGCUCGCCGCCUGGAGGUGGUUCGAAACUGCAUCUCAUACGUGUUCGAGGGGAAGAUGCUCGAGGCCAAGAAGCUGCUCCCCGCUGUGCUGAGGGCCCUGAAGGGGCGUGCGGCCCGCCGCUGCCUGGCCCAGGAGCUGCACCUGCACGUGCAGCAGAACCGCGCCGUCCUGGACCACCAGCAGUUCGACUUUGUCGUCCGCAUGAUGAACUGCUGCCUGCAGGACUGCACCUCUCUGGACGAGCACGGCAUCGCGGCCGCUCUGCUGCCCCUGGUCACUGCCUUCUGCCAGAAGCUGAGCCCGGGGGUGACGCAGUUUGCGUACAGCUGCGUGCAGGAGCACGUGGUGUGGAGCACGCCCCAGUUCUGGGAGGCCAUGUUCUACGGGGAUGUGCAGACCCACAUCCGGGCCCUCUACUUGGAACCUGCCGAGGACCGAGACCCCUCCCAGUGUGCGUCCGAGCAGCGGCGUCUGUGGCCCAUGCUGAGCCGCGAGAAGCAGCAGGAGCUGGUGCAGAAAGAGGAGAGCACGGUGUUCAGCCAGGCCAUCCACUACGCCAACCGCAUGAGCUACCUGCUGCUGCCCCUCGACUCCAGCAAGAGCCGCCUGCUGCGCGAGCGCGCGGGGCUGGGCGACCUGGAGAGCGCCAGCAACAGCCUGGUCACCAGCAGCAUGGCGGGCAGUGUGGCCGAGAGCUAUGACACGGAGAGUGGCUUUGAGGACGCAGAGACCUGCGACGUGGCCGGGGCUGUCGUCCGCUUCAUCAACCGCUUCGUGGACAAGGUCUGCACAGAGAGUGGGGUCACCAGCGACCACCUCAAGGGGCUGCAUGUCAUGGUGCCAGACAUCGUCCAGAUGCACAUCGAGACCCUGGAGGCUGUGCACCGCGAGAGCAAGAGGCUGCCCCCCAUCCAGAAGCCGAAGCUGCUACGGCCUCACCUGCUGCCCGGCGAGGAGUGUGUGCUGGACGGCCUGCGUGUCUACCUGCUCCCCGAUGGGCGUGAGGAGGGCUCUGGGGGCAGCGGGGGUGGCCCCGCAGUGCUCCCGGCCGAGGGCGCUGUCUUCCUCACCACCUACCGGGUCAUCUUCACGGGGAUGCCCACCGACCCCCUGGUGGGAGAGCAGGUGGUGGUCCGCUCCUUCCCGGUGGCCGCACUGACCAAGGAAAAGCGCAUCACCGUCUCGACCCCCGUGGAACAGAUCCCGCAGGACGGGCUGCAUCUGCGCUCCUGCACGUUCCAGCUGCUGAAGAUGGCCUUUGACGAGGAAGUGGGGUCCGAGAACGCCGAGCUCUUCCGAAAGCAGCUGCACAAGCUGCGGUACCCGCUGGACAUCAGGAACACCUUCGCCUUCACCCAGGGCUCCGCGCACACGCCCGGCCGGCCGCCCCGCACCGCCAAGGACAAGGGUCCUUCUCUCAGGACCCUGUCCCGGAACCUCGUGAAGAACGCCAAGAAGACCAUGGGGCGGCAGCACGUCACUCGCAAGAAGUACAACCCCCCCAGCUACGAGCACAGGGGCCAGUCCCCGGAGGACCAGGAGGAUGAGAUCUCAGUGUCAGAGGAGCUGGAGCCCGGCACGCUGACCCCGACCUCGGCCCUGAAGCCCUCCGACCGCAUGACCAUGAGCAGCCUGGUGGAGCGGGCCUGCUGCAGGGACUACCAGCGCCUGGGCCUGGGCACGCUGAGCAGCAGCCUGAGCCGCGCCAAGUCGGAGCCCUUCCGCAUCUCCCCGGUCAACCGCAUGUACGCCAUCUGCCGCAGCUACCCGGGGCUGCUGAUCGUGCCCCAGAGCGUCCAGGACAACGCGCUGCAGCGCGUCUCCCGCUGCUACCGCCAGAACCGCUUCCCCGUGGUCUGCUGGCGCAGCGGGCGCUCCAAGGCUGUGCUGCUGCGCUCAGGGGGCCUGCAUGGCAAGGGUGUCGUCGGUCUCUUUAAGGCCCAGAACACGCCUUCUCCAGGCCAGUCCCAGGCGGACUCCAGCAGCUUGGAGCAGGAGAAGUACCUGCAGGCCGUGGUCAGCUCCAUGCCCCGCUACGCCGACACCUCCGGCCGCAACACCCUCAGCGGCUUCUCCUCAGCCCACAUGGGCAGUCAUGUGCCCAGCCCCAGAGCCAGGGUCACCACGCUGUCCAACCCCAUGGCGGCCUCGGCCUCCAGACGGACCGCGCCCCGAGGUAAAUGGGGCAGCGUUCGGGCCAGCGGGCGCAGUGGUGGGCUCGGUGGUGAUGUGGGCUCCCGGCUCGCAGGCAGAGACAUGCGGGGGCCCCCCCAGGCGAACGGGGCUCCCCCAGACUCGGGCUUUCCGCGGCCCCAGCGUGCAGCCCUCUACAUCAUUGGGGACAAGGCCCAGUUCAAGGGCGUGCGACCAGACCCCCUGCAGCAGUGGGCACUGGUGCCCAUCGAGAUGUUUGAGGCCCGGCAGGUGAAGACCAGCUUCAAGAAGCUGCUGAAGGCAUGUGUCCCGGGCUGUCAGGACUUCGAGUCCGGCCCCACCUUCCUGCGCUCGCUGGAGGAUUCGGAGUGGCUCACCCAGAUCCACAAGCUGCUGCAUGUGUCGGUGAUGGUGGUGGAGCUCCUGGACUCGGGCUCCUCCGUGCUGGUGAGCCUGGAGGACGGCUGGGACAUCACCACGCAGGUGGUGUCCCUGGUACAGCUGCUCUCGGACCCCUUCUACCGCACACUGGAGGGCUUCCGCCUGCUGGUGGAGAAGGAGUGGCUGUCCUUUGGCCAUCGCUUCAGCCACCGGGGGGCCCACACCCUGGCCGGGCAGAGCAGCGGCUUCACGCCCGUCUUCCUGCAGUUCCUGGACUGUGUGCACCAGGUCCACCUGCAAUUCCCCAUGGAGUUCGAGUUCAGUCCCUUCUACCUCAAGUUUCUUGGCUACCACCACGUGUCCCGCCGCUUCCGGACCUUCCUGCUGGACUCGGACUAUGAGCGCAUUGAGCUAGGGCUGCUGUGCGGGGAGAAGGGGGAGCGCAAGGGCCCGCAGGCCUGCAGGUCUGUGUGGGAGUAUGUGGACCGGCUGAGCAAGAGGACGCCUGUGUUCUACAACUACAUGUACGCGCCCGAGGACACGGAGGUCCUGCGGCCCUACAGCAACGUGUCCAACCUGAAGGUGUGGGACUUCUACACCGAGGAAACGCUGGCCCAGGGCCCCCCCUAUGACUGGGAGCUGGCCCAGGUGUCCCCGGAGCCCCCGGAGGAGGAGCGGCCCGACGGGGUUGAGCUGCAGCGGCUGGAGACCGAGCUGGGCCGGCCCCCUGAGCGGUGGAAGGACAACUGGGAUCGGGUGAAGGCUGCCCAGCGCCUCGAAGGCAGGCCAGACGGACAUGGCACCCCCAGUUCUCUGCUGGUGUCCAGUGUGCCCCACCACCGCCGCUCGCUGGGUGUGUACCUGCAGGAGGGGCCUGUGGGCUCCACCCUGAGCCUCAGCCUGGACAGUGACCAGAGCAGUGGCUCAACCACAUCCGGCUCCCGCCAGGCCGCCCGCCGCAGCACCAGCACCCUGUACAGCCAGUUCCAGACGGCUGAGAGUGAGAACAGGUCCUACGAGGGCACCCUCUACAAGAAGGGGGCCUUCAUGAAGCCCUGGAAGGCCCGCUGGUUCGUGCUGGACAAGACUAAGCACCAGCUGCGCUACUACGACCACCGCGUGGAUACAGAGUGCAAGGGGGUCAUCGACCUGGCGGAGGUGGAGGCCGUGGUGUCUGGCACUCCCACCAUGGGCGCCCCCAAGACCGUGGACGAGAAGGCCUUCUUCGAUGUGAAGACGACUCGUCGUGUUUACAACUUCUGUGCCCAGGACGUGCCGUCGGCCCAGCAGUGGGUGGACCAGAUCCAGAGCUGCCUGUCAGACGCCUGAGCCCAGCCCUGCCCGGCUGCGCUGUGUCCAGUUACAGACCACUAGGGGUGGGCAGGGCCCCCCGGCCAUGUUUACAGCCCCCACCCUUGACAGUAUUGAGGCCCAGCCCCCGAAUUUGUGUGUAUAGCCCCUGCCAACCCCAUCCUGCCCACCCCGCCCGCCUGGCCAGCUCUGACUUAUUUUGGAGUCCUGGCGGAGCGCUGGCGGGAGGCGCCAUGGUACAGCCCUCUCGGUGGGCCUGUAAAUAGCCCAGCCCUGUCCGCGUGGUGGCCCCGGCGGCCCGCAGGCACCCUGUUCCUACAAACAGAGUCUAUAAAGAGAACUAACUAUGUGCCACA